AACAACAUUGGCUGCGGGGGCGCGCAGAAGGGUCUGGAGAAGUUCUACAGACAAAUAAAUACAGCGGUCUGGUCGAUCCGGCUUCACCCGCUGGUCCUGAACCUGUCUCGGCGGUGGCUUUUUGAACGGAAGACUGAAGUUGCGGGCUGUGAUCGUCCUCGUCCUCCUCCUCCUCCUCCUCCGCUCUCCUGCUGCUCCCCCCUGCUGUGUAGUUAGCAGGCAUCUGGUCGGCUAAGCUCGCGAGCUAACGGCGUGCGCGCAACUGUACGAGCUAAAAAUGAACGGAGAGCUGAACGGUUUCCAUAACAACGCUCGCGGCGACGAAGACUGCUUCCUCUUCACGUCGGAGUCGGUGGGAGAGGGACACCCCGAUAAGAUUUGUGACCAGAUCAGUGAUGCUGUAUUGGAUGCACAUCUCAGCCAAGACCCUGAUGCCAAAGUAGCAUGUGAGACGGUUGCUAAGACGGGGAUGAUCCUGCUGGCGGGGGAGAUCACCUCCAGAGCCAGCAUUGACUAUCAGAAGAUUGUGAGGGACACAAUCAAGCAUAUUGGCUACGACGACUCCUCCAAAGGCUUUGACUAUAAGACCUGCAAUGUGCUGGUAGCAUUGGAGCAGCAGUCCCCCGACAUCGCUCAGGGUGUUCAUCUGGACCGUAAGGAAGAAGACGUGGGGGCCGGCGAUCAGGGUCUGAUGUUCGGUUACGCCACUGAUGAGACUGAGGAGUGCAUGCCCCUCACCAUCAUCCUUGCUCACAAACUCAAUGCCAAGAUGGCCGAGCUACGCCGAAAUGGAGCACUGCCGUGGCUGAGGCCCGAUUCCAAAACCCAGGUGACUGUUCAGUACAGGCAGGACCGAGGAGCCAUGGUGCCGCUGCGCGUCCACACCAUUGUGAUCUCCGUUCAGCACGACGAGCGCGUGAAGCUGGACGAGAUGCGCCACUGCCUGAAGGAGCAGGUGGUGAAAGCCGUGGUUCCCGGCGGGUACCUUGACGACGACACCAUUUACCACCUGCAGCCCAGUGGCCGCUUUGUCAUCGGAGGACCACAGGGCGAUGCAGGUCUGACCGGGCGUAAGAUCAUUGUAGAUACUUAUGGAGGUUGGGGAGCCCACGGCGGUGGAGCUUUCUCUGGGAAGGACUACACAAAGGUAGACCGUUCUGCUGCCUACGCCGCCCGCUGGGUGGCCAAAUCUCUUGUAAAAGCCGGGCUUUGCAAGCGUGUCCUGGUCCAGGUGUCCUACGCCAUCGGAGUGGCCCAUCCUCUCUCCGUGUCCAUCUUCCACUAUGGGACUUCCCAGAGGAGCGAGCGGGAGCUGCUGGACAUCGUUGGGAAAAACUUCGACCUCCGCCCGGGGGUUAUUGUGAGGGACCUUGACUUGAAGAAGCCGAUCUACCAGCGCACGGCUUCUUACGGGCACUUCGGUCGGGAUGUCUUUCCCUGGGAGAUUCCCAAGAAGCUGAAAUACUAAACCCCACCUUCUCUCUCCUUGUGGGUCACACAUAUAUACACUGCAGACACAAUUGUCUUGCCUUCCUUCUCCUCUUUUUUUUUUUUUUUUUCUCCCUACAUGGAGACGGCUCCUGCAGCAUUAUACCCGAUAGUAUCAAUCAAAUAGAAAACUGCUGUGUUAGUUUAGAGCGGCACUGCCAGCUGUUCUUCACCUUUUUCACAUGAUUAAAAAAAAGCCACUUCGGUCCUGCCACUGUCACUGAGGAUUGAACUAACUUGUGUCUCACCAACUCGUAUGAGUAUUGACAGCUAGAAUUUAAAACUGUAUUUCAUAGCAAGAUUUUCAACAGGACCAUAUUCAUAUUUAACAACCGGGAUGUAGUCUUGAGUAUUUGUUUGCCUCGGAUAUGAAGUCCCCGUGCAGCUUAGUUGCAAAAAGUGAACGUUUGUUUUCGCCCUUUGCUGCGCCCCCCUUUGAAGGCAGUAUGUUUUUAUAUUAAUCUAACGCGGUUAGCGGCAGUGUGACGCAGCACCAACGUCCUCUCUGCUCCCCUUGCACUCCUUUCUAUAUGUGUCGGAUGUUUUGAUAGAAGUAAGGUCAGAUGCAACAGUUAUUUUUGUGUGUGCUGUCCCUUCAGGCCAGUUUUGUUCUGACGUUUUACAGAGAAGUCAGAAGCUGCUAAUGAUCCUGUGGUUUUGUUGGGCUGUACCAUAAAAUCUCUCCAGUUUUUUUUUUUUAACUUUUUUUUUUUUUUUUUUAAACUAUGUUUAUGUCUGUGAAUGUCCUAAAUUUGAUUCUGUUUCCUGAUGAAGAUAACGGCACAGCACUCCCCCUGUCCCGAGGCUGACUCUGGGUGUAGUUACAGAGAAACCCAGGCCUCCUCAUCUCGGGACGGGGGCUGCCUUUAUCGCACAGCGACACUGUACUUGAAAUAUUUAAUGUGUGCUUGACUGUUGCGGGAUCGUACGAAUCCGACUAGCAAAGAGAGACAACCAAAAUCAACGUGCCACAUGUCUCCGUGUUUAAAAGCCGUCGUUCACUUAAGAUGCACUUGUUGACAGAUUCAGUGUCAAAGGAGGGGAAAUGUGAAGACCAGAGUCACGCACAGCGCUGUCAGCACAGUGAAUGUAAGACAUAAAGAUCCUCCUUUAGGAGUGGUUAGUUGCUGGAAAUCCCCCCAAAAAAAAAAAUAGGGACUUCGUUUGGUCAUUGCUGGAACAAUAGCUGUAAAACCAAUGUUCAGCUUCUCUUUUAAAUUAUUUAUUCAAGUCCGUUUAGGUUAUGAGAGGUUACAUCUGAGAAGCUCAGUUUCAGCUGCUUUACUGCUACGGAAGAAGAAAGCUUUGUCGCUGUACAACACUGCUCAACAUCUAAAAAAAACAAUCCAAAUUUCUAUUGCACUAUUCAUAGAAAUGAAAUGUUGUGCAAAGUGCUUUAAUCUAAAACUACAAAAAAGACUAUAAAAACACUGAAACAUUAAUAUGAAAUGAGGCACAACACAAUGUAAGUAAGCCAACUAAACAUGCAAGAGAUUGAGGAUAUUAAUCUUUUUAAAGCCUUUUUAAAAAGGAGUCUAGAAGUUUACUUUUAAAAGUAGUAACAUUGUGUCCUGCUCUGCAGCCAUCAUUCUCUCUUUAGAUAAGACUAAAAGGCCACUACCUGAAGCCCCGAAGGCUCGUGGGAUAAUAGCAAGUGUGAUAAAGAGAGACCAGGACCACUGAGAGGUUUCUAAACUAAUAAAAACAUUUUUAAAACCAAUUCAGGAGCUUAAAAGUAGAGCCAGAGCACACUUCAAAAUGGCUUUUCGUGGUCCUGGACGUGCAGAUGUGCAGAGCGUCACACUAAUCAAUCCUGCAUGUCCUAAAAGCAUGGAAGUGAGCCUGUAUUGAUGUAUUCACAGACACGAACACUCAAUUACACAUUUUUACAUGCAUUCAGUAAACAAGGUACAAGUAGAAGGAUCACAAUAACAUAAGAGAAGCAGGUACUGAAUCUACAGUCGCCUGACACUAGAAAAACAUUGUUUUCAUCCUCUGAGACUAUUUGUAGCCACAAAAUGUCAGUUUAGUCCACUUUUCUUUCAACAUAGAAUCCUUAAAAUUACAUUAUGUGGAGGAUAACGGGGACUGUUUGAUUACUAAAUCCUAUACAUAUCGCCUUGUGCAAUUUAUCUGAUGAGUGCACUUAAGAACUAUCAGGGUUUUACGAGCUUGCCCUUCUUCUCAUCCCCGUUUGUGCAGCUCACUUACAGAAAAUACCGGUAAAGCAUGGAAAACGUGCGCCCCAAAAAAUCUGAGACAUCCAUGAAUACAUGGUCUGUACCUUUCAGAUGUUCCUCCUCAACCGGCUGUUCAGUCUGACUGCUGUUGAGCAUCAAUAGGCCCUAAGUGUUGUGCUUCUCGUGCUGUAUGUCCUCCUGAUGUCCACUAGAUGGCACUGUGCUCCCGUGAAUAUGACUGUCUUUUGUUUUGUUUUUUUUUUUUUGUUUUUUUUUUUCUGUGUAGCUUCCUGGUUUGGUACUUUCUGCCACCACCCAGUGGUUCUUAAAGUCCACAGCAGAGGCUUCGCAUCAGUUUUUUUUGAGCUGGUGAAAUAACAGGUCCGUGUUCUUGAAGUCGCCCACAGAUGAGACAAAUGCUCGGCCGGUGUUGUACAGAGAAACCAGCCUGUUUACAUGGUCUCCUCUGGGGGUUUCAAAGAGUUCUUUUCACUUACAUUUUUAAUCAUCACUGAAGUGAAACGUGUCAGUGUGGUUGCUUUAUGUGUAAAAGUGCCUUUUCCCCCCCCCGACUCCCUGCAAGCAUCUUCACUUGCACAUGCACCACUUGUCACCUUUCAGCCCUUCUCUUUCACUCCAGCUCCCUUCUUCCGUGCUGAAGAACACGUUGCAUUUCUAUCUAAACUGUUGGAAUAAAUUGCACUCUUGCUUUGUGCUUA